AUAAUCGAAGCAUUCAUUGAAUCAAACAUAAGCAACUCUCACAUAGAGCACAAAAGUAUAUUUUGUUAAAAUAUCAUUUAAAAUUGCUAAAAAAAAUUCUUUGAAAAUGGCAACCUCUAGUCUUCUACCUAUCGAUUUAAUUUCUAAUAAAUAUCGAGUUGAUCCCGUUGUUGUGCCCAAUAUUCAGCGCAUCGAUAAUAUACGUGAAUUCUUGGAGGAUUCAAAUAUAUUUAAUGGCGAUAUUAAUCCUCUGGUAGAGCGUCUAGAUUCAGAGUAUAAGCAGUGUUAUUCCAUAGUUCAGCUACUAAAAGAAGAAGUCAUCGAACAGAAUGUUUUACUGGAUCAAGUUAAGAAGAGCAUGCUCGAAUUGCAGGAUCAAGUCAAGAUGUCAGAUGCUGGCCAACGUUUUCUAGUUGAUCGUGAAAAGAUUCUAGUUCAGUUCUCGGAUGAGACGGAGAUAACUGAAUGUAAUGUGCCAACUGCUUUGGAAUUGUAUAGUCUUAAGAUGGGAAAGCUAUAUGUAAAAAUACUAUCACUGGACACAGAUAUUGAUUUUGUAACCUACUUACGAAACGUUUCCUUGAUCAAUAGAGAUUAUGUUAAGAAUUGGUAUAACAAGGCAGAAGGACAGAACGAGAAUGUUAAUACUUUAAAGAAUAAUUCAGAAAAUUCCACAUAAUGAGAGAUAUGACAUUUAAUUGUGCUAUCUUAUCUUAAAGAAUAAAGAGUUAUCCUGCCAA